AUGAAUUCAGAUUCAGCCUCUGAUAGCUUUGAUACACCAAUUUCCAAGCAGAGAAAGAGAUGGUUUGAUACGGAAAUGGACAAGCAACGACAAGCCUAUCUGUACGACAAGGAACUCAACUUGUUUGCGGGCACAUGGAACGUAUGCGGCAAAGGACCAGCUGAAGGCGUUCGGAUUGAUAAGUGGUUAUUUCCUGUGGAGCACCGAAAGGACCGCCCCUUCGACAUUUACAUGCUCGGUUUGCAAGAGAUCCAAAACUUGUCCGGUGUCGAUGCAGUGCGUACAGAUGCGAGACGUGGAGAGCAAUGGCGUUCCACGAUUAAGAAAACGCUAGGCUCUGACUACGACCAAGUCGCUGAGCGACAACUCGUCGGUAUCCUGGUCGUCGUUCUCAUGCGCAAGAAUCAUGUACCUUACCUCUCCAACGUGCAGUUAUCCUACGCGGCAACUGGUGUCUUAAAUGCUGUUGGAAACAAAGGCGGUGUCGCAGCGCGCUUCCAGCUUUACGACAAAACUAUCUCAUGCGUCGCGUGUCAUCUCGCGGCCCACACAGAAUUUGUCCAGCGCCGGAAUCAGGACUUCGAGAAUGUCGUCAGGAAAGCUGUCUUUUUGCCAGACAAUCCGUCACAAGCGAGCAAGUCACACUCAUCCAAUCUUUCAGGCCAUCCUCCGAUUAUAUCAGGGGUGGGCAGUAGUACAGACUGGAGUGAUUUCCUUCAAACGAAACGAUCCUCUAACGCAAAUGCGGUUGCCUCGUUCGGUGGGCUCCCAUCAGUCGCAGAAGGAGCAAGUGCAUGGCUUGGUAGUGUUGCAUCUGUUGCAGCUACUGCCAUAUCAGAUAUGAGCGCAGGUGCGAACACAGCGAUCCUGAAUGACCCUAAUGCCGUAAGAAUUUUGCAACAUGAUGUUGUAUUUUGGUUAGGAGAUCUCAACUAUAGAAUUGACGCCUCUUUGACCAACGUCAUGAAGUGGAUUGAGGAGGAAAACUGGCAUGAGUUGUAUGAAGCCGAUCAGCUGCAGAAGCAGAUGAAAACAUGCAGCGUCUUUACAGGGUUCAAGGAGGGACCCAUCCGCUUUCCGCCUACUUAUAAAAUGAGCAAAUCCGAGGAUAAAUAUAAAGUCAGCGGAGAAAAUGGAGACAAAAUUCGUAUACCGGCAUAUACAGACAGAAUCCUGUGGCGCUUUGGUGAAAAUUUGACACCUUCCGGAACACUACCCCGAAUGAAGUUGCAGAACUAUACUUCUCCAAUAGUAUAUAGUUCGGAUCAUCGCCCUGUUUAUGCAUCAUUUCGGAUGUUCUUCGGUAUUGAGGACGUGAAACGAAAACAGCACAUUGAGGACAAAGUUAACCGGGAACUUGAUGUAAGAGAGGCAAGUCUACGUCCAAAUCUUCUAUUCUCACCAACAAUUGUAGACUUUGGUGAUGUUUUCUUCGAAAGAAACUGCAAUCGACAAUUCUCAAUCAAGAACAAUGGCGAUUCCCCCGCUUAUUUAACGUUGUCUUUACCGUCAGACACACCAGAAUGGUUUAAGUUCGACCCAUCACCAUGGCAUAAUUUUGAAAUUCCUUCAGGCAAGUCUGUGCAGCUGAAUUUCGGAAUUCUCAUCACGGGAAAGGAUGGCUCAGCAAACGAUAUGCCGCGGAACGGUUGCAAGCUCAACACAAGUGUACGUGUUCAUGCAGAGCCCGGGAGUUUACGACAGCGGAUACAAGUUCGAGGUCGGUACGUGGUUACGACUUUGGGUCUUUCUCUGGAGACGUUGUCGAUGUUAGAAAGACCUGUGCUAGCUCUUCGGAACCCCACCGAGCGAGAACUGGAACGCCUAACAAACAUGGACCGUAAGGAGCCAGGAUAUUAUCGUGAACGAGAGCGCGAAAGAGAGCCUGAUGUUGUUCCACGAGCGAUUCCGAAAGAAAUCUGGCUCCUGGUCAAUGCUUUGCUCAAGAUGCGUGACAGCGAACAGCUCUCAUUUGCGAGUACUUGCCCAGAUUUAUUCUUGCGCAGCGGCGAUGAAGCCUUAACGCAGCGAGUUCUAUCUUUUGUGGAUAGGAGCGAAAGGAUCCCUCCUGAUUUGAGUGGCUAUGCUGUUGGGUCAUGUAUGCUGCAAAUCUUGGGCAACUUGAGUGAUCCAGUUGUGCCUCGCAAGUUAUAUAGAAGAGUUCUAGAAGCAGGGCACUCCAUGGAACCCGAAUUAGUUCAAGGUGUGCUUGAUCUCCUCCCUCCCUUGAACUCCAACGUCUUCUGGUACAUUGUUGACUUUCUCUGCGACACGAAGUUGGUGAAGGGCCCGGAAAACGCCAGGGCGCUAGCAGGGGUUUUUGGAAACGUGCUUCUGACUCCCCAUGGUGCAGCAAACAGCGAACGGGACCAUCGCCGGAAAACCGACUUCAUGAUGGAAGCAUUCAGUAUUCAGAAGAGUUGUCGAGAUCCUGCACAUAGAGUCUUUCUCGAUCUAUCGCCUCCAGCGUCACACCCAAAAAGGAUUAACAGCUCUUUUGCUGGAUGAGCACUGUCAUCGCCAAUGAAACGUUGUGAGAGAAGAACCCCUCAAUCAUCGUACUGCUAAAUAAAGGUUGGGCUGUAAUUGCAUUCUUCCUGAA